AAGGCUGCGGGAUGCGCGCGCGCUGUUCAUGCGCGUGAGGGCUUUUUAAUCCGAUCUUCCUAAUCAGAUAUAAAGAAAGGGAGAAAAAAAAUGCCUCCUUAAAGCUACGGUUUCCCCCCCUUUCUCUCUUUAAGAAGUGUCAGGACUGGAGUGGCCGAAGUGUUAACUGUGGACUGAGGACAGACUGAGGACACGAGGGAACCAUGAGCCGCUUCUAUUACCGCAUGGUUCUCCUUCCAGUGACUCUGUUCAGCGCUGUUAGACUCCAGACUUCUGGAAAAUCACAGAAUGAAGCUGACAGCAACGGAGAAGAGUGUCCUGAUAAUAAGAUUGUAACAGUGGAGUACCCGUGUGUCAGAGCAGGAGGAGAGAGUGGCACAUGCCUCAGGAGGAAGUGCUGUAAGGGUUUCAGGUUCGUCAUGGGCCAGUGUGUCCCAGAAAGUGUAGAUGUGUGUGCAGGUUCUCCGUGUGAGCAGCAGUGUAUGGACAACUUCGGCCGGGUGGUGUGUACGUGUUACAGCGGCUACCGCUUCGACCGGGAACGACACCGGCAGCACCUCCACCCAUACUGCUUAGAUGUAGACGAGUGUGAGGAGUCUAACGGGACGCUGUGUGAGCAUGUGUGUGAAAACACACCCGGCAGUUUCCGCUGCCAUUGCGGUCCUGGAUACACUCUAGCUGGAGACCAGCACUCCUGCGUACCUGCACACAAACUCUCUCCCCCACACUCUGCAGGGAAGUCUGAGACACAGAUGAGCACCGGUUCCUGCUCUCUUACAUGUCAGGACAUCAUGAACAUGAGGACCAGCCUACAGCAGCUCAAACACCGUCUGGGACACACACACUCCACUGGACAGGUGAUCUCACCUGAUUUUGCUAACAGCAGUGAGAAGCCUCAUCCUGGUAGAGUCGGAAAAAAUCAUGAUUGCCACACCAUGUCUGGUCCUCCAGGGGUGCCUGGACCUCCAGGCCUGCCAGGACCUCCAGGACAGAAAGGAGAGCCUGGUACCAUUGGUACUCCAGGUCCUCAGGGGCCGAGGGGUGAUAUGGGCCCUAUGGGUCCACAGCCGGACAUGGCACAUGUUAAGAGGGGACGCAGAGGGCCAGUGGGACCGCCAGGAGCACCUGGAAGAGAUGGACUUAAGGGUGAAAAGGGUUCUCCUGGACCCCGAGGACCACCGGGACCUCCAGGAUCUUUCGAUUUCCUCCUACUGAUGGUGGCGGAUAUCCGGCAUGACAUCACCGAGCUGCAAGACAAAGUUUUUGGAAAGAGGACAGACUUCAUACUGGACACGCCCGCAGACUCCAUGGGGGAGGCGGAGUUUAAAGACACGGAUGGUUCAGGACAAGACGAGAUGACGCUCAAUAAUACAUGACGGAUGCGACAACCGGGAGGGUGAGAGACCCUAAAUGGCUAGUGAGGACAUAAAACUGGAGCUGGCUGUCUUCAGGAGUGAAACAAUGGACAAAUCAAGCAAGCUGUCUCCUCAUGGGUGUACAGAGAGCUAUGAUAACCCUGAACACUGGCGGUGAAAUGAGUUCGAAUUGUGUAAAUGGAGAAAGUCUGAUAUGCUAGUGGUGUGCUAUUAUAGAAAAAUAAUCAACAGUGUGCUGGUGACUUGAAGUGGAGUCUUUGUUACCAUCCUAAAAUUUAUUAUGCUGUGGUUUUAUUCCUUUUAUACCACCACAGUUUGCCCUUGAUUACGUUUUUAUGAAUUCAUUUAACAAAGAUGUCAUGCUUUUUUUUUUUUUUAUCUCUUUAGGUUAAUGAUUAUUUAAUGGAACAUCAAGUCAUGUUAUAAAAGCAACUAUAAACAGUCCUUCAUAAACAGUCGUUUCUUUACCACUCUCUCAUUUAAUAAGAGAUCAGACUGAAGACUUUUUCAUGUCGGAAAACUUAGUUAUAGAUUUGCCCCUAACUGUUACAUAGCACUGGUAAUUGAGACUCCCUUCCCAAAUACAUAAAGAAGCAUGUCCUUAACCUCGCCACAUUUUUCACAUCAAUUAGUGUGAAAAUUAUUCAGAUUUUCAUAAUUUGUUUAUGCAGCGCAUUAGCUGUACCAUGCAUGGUAAAAAAAUUUAUAAUGUAUUACAUGUAGAACAAAUGCACAGUAUCUUGUCCUGCACUUGUGUAGCUUCCAAACAACUAACUGAACAUGCAUUAGAUGUUUUUAAGGAAGGCUGGACUAGACAAUCGUCUGAGAGUUGGCGGUAUUGUUACCUACUGGAUUUUAACUGCAAUUGAAUUGAGUUUAAAGUGAAACUUUCAUAUUCCACCAGCAGAGGGAGACAAAAUUCAGAAAACAGAUACUGUAGAUGUUUAUCUCAGGAUACUUAUGGCAUGAGGCAGAGUACACCCUGGAUGGCAUGCCAAUCCAUCACAGGGCACACACAUUUACACACACUUAUUCACAAACUUUGGGCAAUUUGGAAACGCCAAUUAGUCCAAUCUGCAUGUCUUUAGACUGUGGAAGGUAGUUCACCAAGCACGAGGAGAGCAGGCAAACUCCGUGGAGGUUCAAGACCACAGUGCUGACCACUACACCACCAUGCCACCCAGAUAGCGCUCACCAAAAAAAAACAUUAUUUUAGGUCAAGGCUCAUCCUGAAAUAAAGUACAUGUUGGUACAUUAUGCAGGGAUUUACUUUUUUAUUCAGACUCAGCAAUGUAAUCACCUAUUCAUAUAAACCCUAUACAAAUAAUGACUAUGAUGUAUAUCUUCUACUUCAAACAAAAGUUAAAGUAUGCAGCAUUUCAGCUCAUCAUGAUAUGCGAUUUCUGUGUGGCUUGCAAUAAAGAAUAACGACAAUGCUUCCCACUCCUAUUUGACCUUUUUGUUCUUUUUAUUGAUAUCGUUUCAUCAGAAAAAAAUAUGUCUUUAUU